AUGCCUUCUUCAUCCAAUUUACCCUCGAGCUUCGCCUCCGCGGCGGCCGGUCAGAACGCGAACCGUGAUUCGCGAGGCGGCAGAGCCGACGGAAGGGGAGCCGCUGGAGGCGACUGGUCGCGAAGAGACGGCCGCUCGGCCAAUGGCACAUUGACUUUCCGACGCUCGUCCACAACGCCCACCGGCCACGCCUCGAACCCUCCGCUUUCCACCGAAAAUGCCGUCCAACCCCCGAGCAUCGACGAAGCAUCCGAACCUACGUAUGAGCAUGGCCCUUCACGUUAUAGCAAAGAUGAGCUGCUGGACAUAAUUCGCUCCCAGAAGAUGAGCGGCAACCCCUCUCGCCUCUACCUCCCAGGCUGGGACCCCGCCGGCACCAACGGCAGUGCCUCCCGGGGCUGGGGAAAGAGCAGUGACAACGUCGUGCCCCAAGAGCCGGGCGCCUGCUGGGAUCAGCAGGGGGAGACUGCUCCCAUGGGUUUGCAGAAUUUGACGCUCGAGGAGAAAGAGGCCUUCUCCACAGACAUCAACUCGCCGCUCAAGCCGCCCACCCAGAACAAGGAUGGACACGCCGGCAACGUCAACGGCCGCAAGCCGUCUGCCUCUCACAGUGCUGGCAAUGUCCACGGCGUCAAUUCACCCUCGUCGGUCACGCGACCGGGAACCCGUCGUCGCGAAACCACCGAUUCGAAUCCCUUCAACGCCGGCGCUCUCGCUUCGCCGACCGCUAGCGCCCGCUUUCCGCGCGAAGACUCCACCUGGCUUGCGCGUAGGGCAGGCGAGUCGAAGGAUUCGGAGCCUGCCGAGGCCGAGCAGGACGCCCAGAGCAAGCUGCCGUUCGGCAACCUGGUGCGGUCCAACACGUCGACGAGCACCGGCAUGAGUGCCAUCUGGCCCCCGGCCAACCAAUCCACGCCGGGUGCCGGCGGCGGCGGCGGCGGCUUCGGCAACUUUGCCCUGCCCGCCUCCACCAUGCCCGACAGGCGUGUGGGAGGCGGCACCGGUGGCAGCCGACUCGCCCACCUCAUCCCCAAAGACGGCGCAGAGGGCGCACCGUCGAAGCCGGCCGACGGUCCAAGCUCGUCGGCUCAACAGUCCUGGCGAUCUCGUCCGCGCACCGAUACCGACCCUUUCGGGGAUGACGAACUCUCCGGAAGUGCCGUCCUCGGCGGCGCCCAGGACACCACCUCGGCCGGUCAUUCCCACGCCGAGCGAGUAGGCGUCCUAGGCACCCCCGUGAAGGGCUCGACGGGCGAUUUUGGCAUGUCCGGACUGCAUGUCGGCCCUCAGUCGGCCGACAACGGUCCGGCCAGCCCCUCCGAGACCAACCCCUACCGCAGCCCGCCCGCCGAGCGUCACGAACAUGACGAGGCCGACGCCGCCGGGGCGGACAGAGCCCUCGCGAGCGGCCACAACGAACCCCAUGCCAACUUCGGCUCCAUCGGCCGAGGAUUUGGCCCCGCCCCCUUUGACGGCAGUGACCGAAGCCAGACGUCCAGCGUUGGACCGAAAGGAUACCCCCUCGGCCAACUUUCCGGCUGGCCCGCUUCCGCCGGUCCCUCGGCCGGCACGCCUGACCGAGAAAGGCCCAAUUUCAGCAAUGCCUUUGGCAGCUCCCUGUUCAGCCCCAUGGGCGACCUGCAGUCGCCCGGUCUCUCGAAUCUCGGCAACGUCUUUGGCCCGCCGAGCGCUGGCGGCAUGGGCACCGGAAGCAUUGGUCGUGGGAGCAAGCUUGGCUCGCUCUUCCCCCCUGCCAUGCAGGCCCAGAUGCAGUCGCACGAUCAGGAGCAGAACCUAUCCGAUUCGGUGCCGGACCCUCGUCAGGGACACCCCCUUGGCGCCAUUGGCAGGGGCAACAUGCCUGGUCCGGUACGCGAUACGGAGAGCCCCAUGCGAUCGAACCGCGGUGUCUUCGAAGAGCUGUUUCCUUCCAGCGAGGCGGCCAGAUCGCACGCCACGUUCAGCGCCGCCGAGACGGCCCAAGCGGGCACCGCCGCCGCCGGACCCCAGUCGUAUACGCCAGUCAGCGGGAGCCUGCCCUUUGGUGGAGGUGCCCAGCCUGGAGCUGAGCCGCCUGCCUCGCAGGUGCGGCAGAUGGUGAUGCCCGACCGCAUGAGAUGGGUCUACCUCGACCCUCAGGGUCAAGUGCAAGGUCCAUUCACCGGUCUCGAGAUGAACGACUGGUACAAGGCCAACUUCUUCACGCCCGACCUUCGUGUCAAGAAGGUCGAAGACCCCGAGUUUGAGCCUCUCGGACAGCUCAUCCGCCGCAUCGGAAAUUCGCGCGAGCCCUUCCUCGUCCCGCAGAUCGGCAUCCCCCAUGGUCCGGCCACGCAAGCGGGACCGUUCGCGCCGGCCCCCAGCACGGGCGGUGUUGUUCCUCCCCUGAGCGGCGUCUUUCCGAGCUUCGGUCGCACCCUGACUGCUGACGAGCAGAACAACCUCGAGCGUCGUAAGCAGGAGGAGCAGUACCUCAUGGCUCAGCAGAGGGAGUACAUGAUGCGCCAGCAGGCCAUGAACAAGUUCCAGAUGCAAGGUCCCGGCUUGCAGCACCACUCAAGCGCCCACAGCCUCCAGAGCCAGCCCAGCUUUGGCAGCAUGACCUCCCCGAUGCCUCCUCCGCCGCAACCGCAGGGGCCACCCCCUAUCGGCUCCAUGCCGCCAGCUGGCUUCAUGGACCAUCCGCCAGGAGCGCAGGCGGGGAACCAGCCGGGGCAGGGGAACGCCGAGUCCUUUCGUCCCGAAGCCAUGACCAAUCUCUCGGCUGCCGAGCGCCAGGUCCUUGCCUCGAUGCAGGGGGGGCCUGCUGGGAAUGAUAUGCAGAGGCAGCAACGGGGUAUGCAACCCGGUGGUGCGGACCUGCGAUCUGGCCUGCCCGAGACUGACGAGCUCUCCGAGGAUGCUGAAGGGUUUAGGGAUCGUCUGAUGGAAUUUGAAGAUCUGCGGGCCCAGAUUGACGCAGAGCAGGCCAUCCGGGCCCAGGAUGAAUCGAACGCGGCCGUCAUGGGCGGGCAAAAACUACCCGGUCAGCCUGCCUCGGCCACCGCACCCUCUGGCAAGAUGGGCAAGGGCGGCAAGAAAAAGCAGCUGGAUGAAGCGGCGCUCUCACUGACGCAGCAGGUUCAGAUCGCCCAGGCGGCCGCCGCCGCCGGCCAGGUCCUGGAACAAGAUCUGCCGAUGCCUUUCCCUCCUCCCUCAUCGACCACUCCUCUGCCGGCCCCCACGGCUCAGCGUGUUCGCUCAAACCUCCCCGAGCAAUACAGCCGCUCCCAGAGCGGUACACCCGAUGCGUCCCAGCCGCCUCCGCUUGCCCCUUGGGCCAAGGAGCCCGGCCAGGAAGGACAGAGGGGUCCGAGUCUGAAGGAAAUUCAAGAAGCUGAAGCGCGAAAGUCUGCCAAGGCGGAAGAAGCGGCUGCCGCCAUUCGCAAGGCAUCCAUGGAGCAGGAGGUUGCGUUCAUCCGUGAGAAGGAACGACAGAAUGUUGCCGCCACCACCGCAGGUCUGCCAGCCACCAGCACCUGGGGCCAUGGUUCUCCUGUUUCCGCAACGAGUCCUUGGGUCAAGCCAGGCGCGACAAAGGGUCCUGAUCCUGCCGUGUCUACCACUUCUGGGCCAAGCAAGAAGACGUUGGCCGAGAUACAACGCGAAGAGGAGGUCCGAAAGCAGAAGGCUCGGAAUGCGGCCAUCCAGUCCGGAGCCCCGAGUGCCUCAACCAAGAGCUAUGCGAACCUCGCAGGCAAGCCCGGCCAGGUCCAGAUUCCCAGCGGUCCAUCUCCCGCUCCCGCCUCUGGUGCGGGAUGGGCUACGGUCGGUGCUGGCGGCAAGGUCAAGGCCCCCAUGGGUGCGACCGCUCAGGGCAUUCCUCCCAGCAGCAGCGGCGUGAAGUCCCCAGUGGCGGCCACCAAGCCCGCCUCCAAGCCUGCCGCGGUCAACGUUGCCAACGGCAGGGCCGAUGCUACCACUGCUGCCAUGGACGAAUUUAACAAGUGGACUCGUCGAGAGCUUGCUCGAGGUCUUGCAGACACAACCGACAUUUCCGAGUUCCAGGCAGACCUUGAUGUGUUCCCUCUCGAUACUGGCAUCAUCGCUGACGCCGUCUACAUCAAUUCCAAGACGAUGGAUGGCCGCCAUUUUGCCGAAGAGUACGUCCGCCGGAAGAAGCUCGCGCAGAAGGGGGUCGUCGAGAAGCAGCCGCCGUCAGACAACAACAAGUCACCUGGUUCCGCUGGCGGUUGGUCCGAAGUCGCCAAGCGGAGCGGCGGCACGCAAGCCAAGGAUAAUGACAGCGGCAGCGGCAGCGGAAGCGGAAGCGGAAGCGGCUCCAUCCAGGGCGCAGGCUUCAAGGUCGUGCCCAGCCGCAAGAAGGGCAAGAAAUAG